GAGUGCCUUCCUUCUCCUUCCUGAGCUAGGUUUUAUGCUGUGCUAGCAAUGUAAAUGUAACUUAGGCCUUUAUUGUAUAAACUUAAAAGCAAUGUCGGGGAAACUUGAGACAAGAAUGCCUAAUGUUGAUAACCCCAAUAUUCAACAUAAUAGGCCUACUUUAACAGAUAAAAUUGAUAAUGGAUUGUCACAUGAAAACUCAGAAGAUGCUGAAAUGUUUGAUGAUGGAGUUCACCAAAGCAUUAUUGAAGCGUUUGGUAAUUCAAUUUGGAAUAAUGCUGUGCAUUUAAAUACAAUAGAUAUCUAUGGAAACAGUUUUAUACCAGAAGAUGACGAAACAGAAUCCCAGGCUAUCAACAUGAUUCACUCAAAGUUAGCAAAAUUCCGUGGGAAAUGGUUAAAUUUGCCAGAUUUGAGCAAUGUUCAUAUACCAGAAUUUUAUCUGCCAGGACUACCACAAAAUUUCCCUCCACCAUUUUAUAAAAUAUCAGUGCUGACGAGGUAUGACCAAAAGAAAUUGUUCUGUAUUUAUAGAGACCUGAUCUUGAAUGAUAAAACAUUACAGUCUGAAAGCAGAAUGACUUUAUUUCAGGAACUGAGAAGCAAAGUUGCCAAGGAGUAUGAAGAGUUCCAGGAGAUUGCCAAGAGAGAGUGGUGCAGAAGUCAGUGGGUGAGAGUUCUACAGAUUCCCUCGGAGGUGGAAACUUACAUUGACAGCUUGUGGAAGAUGAGAGCAAAACAAUCUCUGAUGGUAUAUCCGAGUGAAUAUGUUCCUGCCAAGAAGAUCCCUCUUACACUCCAUGAUGUCAACAACGAUUACAGUGUUUUUGAGUUUAUAAAGCCAAUCCUAACUCAGAAAAUGAUACCUUUAAUGACUGUACCAAAGAUAAGGAGUAAGCCGAUAAAGAUGGUGACAGAAGUAAAAGCAUUAAGUCGUAUCAAAUCAAUCUCAAACGACUCACCAAAACCUAUAAUUAAUGAAAAUAUGCCAGUGAGUUUAGAUGACAAUGUGGAGAGGCUGGUGAAACGGAAAGAUCUUGAUUUUGAUAUUGUAAUUUCAAUGUCAGGCAUAAAAACACUUACGGACACCACCAGGUUCCAUAAAGAUUGGAUUCUGCCUAUCACUGUAAAAAAAGUAGUAAAAGAAAAUGGUGUUACCAAGAAAGUGGUCAUCAUUGAUAAAAACCUGCCUCCCAAAAAAAUGAAUGUCCAUGACAAAAACUUAUGGCAUGCCAAGAUAGUCGCUAAGGUGAUGCCGAUCUCAAGUUAUGAUCCUGAUCUACUGGGAGAAACACCAGGAAUCAGGUCUACAAAUGGAGCAGAUAUGAAUAAGAACACAGGACUUGAGGCAAAUCCUGGAGAAGAACUUGUGGAAAGUUCAGAAACAAUCUCAAGAAAGAGGCAGGUGUUGAUAUCCUAUGACGGCCCAUUCGCUGAUUUUACUGGCGAAGAUAUUUUUUCUGGGGAAGAAUUUGGUGUUGAUUCUGCUUCUAGUAAGAUCCCAUUCACUAAAGAUAAGAAGCUUAAUCCUAUAGAAUCAUGCAAAAAUACUAGUAAAAACAUCUCAACAAAAAAAAAGAAAAUAAAAGAUAGCAUCGUAAUGGAGCCUGAGUAUCUAGAAGUACAGCAGCCAAAGAUUGUGACUUUAAAUCUAAAAAAGGCAUCAGAGAUUUGUGCUCAACAGUACGAGAUGUGGAAGAUCCAUAAGUCAAACUUCAAUCAGUUUUUGAAAACUGAACAAAGGACUUUGAAUGUCUUGGUUAGGAAAAGAAUUGAUGGCCAUGUGUUUCACUUCAAGAAUAACGGAAAUAUGAGAGAGGAUGUUUGCAUUUCGUCCAAAGUAGAAUUUCAGCCGGAGUUUGGAGCAACAAUGAUGACUGAGAGUGAACUGAAUAGAGAGUACGUUGACCUGUACAUGAGGCCUGCCAGCAAGCUUCUUAGAGUUCGCACAAUUGGACACACAAAAGAAUUAAUGUUGGCUGAAGUGAAAACAAUCGCUGACAUUACGGCUGCGCUGCAACCACAUGUGAAGAACAUGCAGAAGCUGUUUGAUCCUCUUUACUCUGUACUGACUAAUCUUGUGGACCUACCACCGGGCCGAUAUAUGCUACACCACACCCCCAAGAUGGAGGUGUUUGCUAGUCUGCUCAAGGAAGGAUCUGGAGUGUCACAGUUCAGCCUGGAACAGUAUUGCAGUGAGUUGGACAGUGCAGAAGUCAAUGCUCCAGCAAUACCUAUAGAUCCUGUGGUACUGACUCCCUUACACUACAGGGACCAAGUCGCUCCAGCUCUCUUUACUCCUGCCAAAUUUUACAAAAAACCAGGGGAAAUAGCACGUGGGUUUUUAACAAAAGUCCCAUAUUCACCAGUUGCCAGAAAGCGAAAUAAAAGACAAAAUUUUCGAAGGAACCGCAAAGAGAAAAAAAGGAAAGCAAAAAUGCAAGAAGCAGCAGCAGCUGCAGACCGACAUGAAGAAAUUGCAGAUUACUUUGGUGAUAUUCCAUCUUCAUCUCAACAAUCAGAUUAACUCCACCUUUUGAUGGGCAAUACAGUGCAAAUGUCUGAGUGAAGACUGAUAAGCCUCAAUGGUAGUUCCUAUUGUGUAAUAGGUUACCCAAACUAUUAAAAGUGUGCUGCAAUAACUUAAUAUUAAGUAAUUAGUUGUUUUUGAUUUAAAACACAAUCAGUGACAAA